CGGGGAGGAGGCCGGGGAGGAGGCGUAGGAGGCCGGGGAGGAGGCGUAGGAGGCCGGGGCUCCGGAUUGGGACGCGGCCCCUCCUCCAGGUAAACACAGGCUGAAGUUUGCGGAGCUCCGGUUAAAGUCCAUCCGGCGGAGCAGCAGCGGAACCGGGCGGUGGAACGAGGGGAAGAGUCCCGGGAAGAGUCCGGAGAGAGAGGAGGAGAACACGGAAGAGGAGGAGGAAGAGUUUCACGUUGAGAUCAGAGGAACUACAAAGUUCCUGUUAGCAUUUAGCUUCUAUUAGCUCCCCGCGGGUCCUCUGCGGGUCAUCGCCGGGUUAAGGGUACAGCUCUGCGGGGCAACAGGCUCCGUACGGCGGGGACCGGACAGCAGCGGGCUCCGGUAACCUCCCGGUAACCCCCCGGUAACCUCCCGGUAGUUAUUACACCGUUAUAAGCUAACGGACCCGGAGCUAACGCACCGGAGCCUUCAGGCCGAGAGAGAGAGGGAUCAACAGGUCACCCACAGACCAGGGCCCGGAGCCCGGAUCCGAGACCAGAGACCAGACCCGAGAACCAGAGACUGGACCAGAACCCAGAGACUGGAGCAGAACCCAGCCCCGUCCAGCUGCCUGUGGAGGGUCAGACCCUUAGCUCACGAUGGCGUCUCCUUGACAACGACCACAGUGGUUCUGUGUGGACUCCUCCUCCCGUGACACCUGGUCCUGAGCUCUGAUUGGUCACCUGUCGGCCGUUACCAUGCAGCUGACCUAUCAGAAGCUGCCGGCUCAGCUGAGGCGGAGCUCCAGACUCAGGAAGCUGGCGGCCAUCUUAGUGACGGCCUACGCUGUCAAGAAACUGUCCCCCUACGUCUGGAGGAGGCUACAGAGGAGGGCAGCAGGUAAACAGGUGGGUGGAGCUAACCUGCCAGUGGGUGGGGCUAACCUACCAGUGGGUGUGGUCAGUGACAGUGGAGAGAAGAAGAAGAAGAAGAGUGAGCGCAGGUCUCCGUCCGUGAACAAGGAGUUCGUCCUCCGUCUGUCUCGCCUAUUGAAGCUCUUGUUUCCACGGUUACUGAGUCGAGAGAUCGGUUUGCUCGUCCUCCACUCUCUCACCCUGAUGUCCAGGACCUUCCUGUCCAUCUACGUGGCCUCUCUGGACGGUGUGAUCGUGCGCUGCAUUGUCCAGAAAGAUCCUCGUGCGUUUGUGCUCCAACUUUCUAAGUGGCUCCUCGUUGCCGUUCCUGCGACGUUCAUCAACAGCGCCAUCAGGUUCCUGGAGGGACAACUAGCCCUGAGCUUCAGAGGACGCCUGGUUAGCCACGCCUACCAGCUCUACUUCACCAACCAGACCUACUACCGCGUCAGCAACAUGGACGGACGUCUGUCCAACCCUGACCAGUCCCUGACGGAGGACAUCGUGAUGUUCUCCGCGUCCGUCGCUCACCUGUACUCUAACCUGACCAAACCCAUCCUGGACGUGGUGGUGACCUGCUACACGCUGCUGCGCACGGCUCAUUCCAAAGGAGCUAACACCACGUGGCCGUCUGCCAUCGCCGGCCUGGUGGUGGCGCUCACGGCUAAAGUCCUGCGCUCCUGCUCUCCUCGCUUCGGGAAGCUGGUGGCGGAGGAGGCCAAGAGGAAAGGAGACCUGAGGUACAUGCACUCACGGAUCAUCACCAACUCGGAGGAGAUCGCCUUCUACGGAGGACACAAGGUGGAGAUGUCCCAGCUGCAGAGGAGCUACACGUCUCUGUCGUCUCAGAUCCACCAGAUUCUGCUGAAGCGUCUGUGGUACGUGAUGUUGGAGCAGUUCCUCAUGAAGUACGUGUGGAGCGCGUCCGGCCUGGUGAUGGUGGCGGUGCCCAUCAUCACGGCCACCGGGUACUCUGAGCACGACUCGGAGGAGGUGAAGCAGGCGGCCAUGUUGAUGAAGGAGGAGGAGCUGGUGAGUGAGCGGACUCAGGCCUUCACCACGGCCAGGAACCUCCUCAACGCCGGCGCCGACGCUGUAGAGCGCAUCAUGAGCUCCUACAAGGAGGUGACGGAGCUAGCCGGCUACACCGCCCGGGUCUCUGAGAUGUUCGACGUGUUUGAAGACGUGAAUCGAGGAAUUUACCGUCGCUCUGCAGACAGAGACGAGGAGCUGACGACAGGAGCAGCAGGAGGAGCAGGAGGAGCAGGAGGAGCAGGAGCAGGAGGAGAAGGAGGAGGAGCAGGAGGAGGAGGAGGAGGAGGAGAAGUGGUUCAGCAUGGACAGAGAGUCUGUGGUCCCCUGGAGAUCAGAGGUCAGGUGGUCAGUGUGGAGAAGGGGAUUCGCUGUGAGAACCUUCCGAUCAUCACGCCGACUGGAGACGUGGUGGUUUCCAGCCUCAACAUCCAGGUGGACGACGGGAUGAAUGUUUUGAUCACGGGUCCCAACGGAUGUGGGAAGAGCUCCCUGUUCAGGAUCCUCAGUGGACUCUGGCCCGUCUACGGGGGAGUCCUGUACCGUCCAGAACCACAGCACAUGUUCUACAUCCCCCAGAGGCCCUACAUGUCAGAGGGGACCCUCAGAGACCAGGUCAUCUAUCCGGACUCUGUGGAGGAGAUGGUCCAGAAGGGGCUCACGGAUUCAGAUCUGGAGGAGAUCCUGCGCACCGUCCACCUGCUCUACAUCCUGGACCGCGAAGGAGGUCAGUCUGUGUUUAGACCAGGAGCCUGUCCGGGUCCAGGUCCAGGUCCAGGUCCAGGUCCAGGUCCAGGUCUAGUGUCUCUGUCUCUGUGUCCAGGGUGGGAGUCUGUCAGUGACUGGAAGGACGUCCUGUCUGGAGGAGAGAAGCAGAGGAUGGGGAUGGCUCGUAUGUUCUACCACCGUCCUCGCUACGCCCUCCUCGAUGAGUGCACCAGCGCCGUCAGCAUCGACGUGGAGGGAAACAUCUUCCAGGCUGCAAAGGAUGCUGGGAUAGCUCUGCUGUCCAUCACCCACAGACCCUCCCUAUGGAAGUACCACUCUCACCUGCUGCAGUUCGAUGGAGAGGGGGGGUGGAGCUUCGAGCCUCUGGACGCGUCCACCCGUCUGUCUCUGCAGGAGGAGAAGCAGCGUCUGGAGAACCAGCUGUCAGGGAUCCCCAAGAUGCAGCAGAGACUGGCCGAGCUGUGCGUCCUCCUGGGGGACAGGGAGGGGGACGACUGACGACUCCCCGUCCUAUCAGACUAAACUGUGACGUCUCUAAGGUGUUGAACACUUCCUGUUUUGAAGUCAGAGCUGCUGUGAUUGGCUGGCUGCUUUUUACACAUCACUUCCUGUCCCGCUCUGAUUGGUUGGAUCGUUUCGGGUUAAAACAUCGGUUUUAACGUAACUUCUUUUCCUCCUCUUUCUCCUUCACAUCCUUCACUUCCAGCGUUCGACCAAUCAGAGUGGCAGAUUUUUAAAGUUUAUCAGCUGACUGACAAACAGGAAGCGGCUGGAAGGAUCAGAGGUCAUGUGACCAGGUGUUUUUAAAAGGUGCCAUUUAAAUCUUUGACUGUUUGUAUAAUUUGAUAGAAAAUAAAUCAGUUUUAUGAUGUAAUCAAUAAAUCUGAUCAAUCAGCUGAUCAGUGGAUCAAUAAACUGCUGCAUAUCAGGUUCAUCAGGUUAGACUGAAGACGAAGAUGAUGAAGAUGAUGAAGAUGAUGAUGAUGAUGAUGAUGAUGAUGAUGAUGAUGAAGAUGUAUUGAAGGUUAUUUGAAAAUAAAAUGUUCAGCAUUGA